UAUCCUAAUCAAGAGUACAUUUCUAUAUCCAUUAAUGAAAAUAACAUUAAUGAUCAAAAUAUAUUUAUCAACCAAGCCGAAGAAUAUAUGAAAGACUUUAGUAAACCUGCUAAUUUAAUAGGAUUUAAACAGUUGGUUGACGACUUUGAAAUUGAACUACCAGAAGAAGUAUUGAUUAAUGCACUCGAAUUACUUAGCGAUGAUUGUUUAUUUAAAGGACACACAAAGCGUACUAUGAUACGACUUGAAAUUCAUCUUAGAACAUUAAUGGCAACCUUAGAAAGAGCAUGUUAUUUUCCAAUUGUUCUAAGACGUGAAAUUCGUGAACAGCUUUAUAAAAAUUUGAGGAACUUUAUUGAUAUUCAUUAUAAUGUAACAAAUAUAUUUAAAAAGGGUGUCGGAGGAGUCAGUUCCGGUUUUAAACAUAAACAAAAAUCUAAAGCUACUCCUAAUAGUGACGAUAUUUAUAUGCAUUUUCGAAAUUAUGAUAUUGACUUUUUAUUAAUUCACUUGCGUGAUACUUUACAUAGUAUGCGCAACGAUGAAACACGAAUGCAGGAAAUUUUACGACACAUUAAAGAACUUCUUUUAGCUUUCCUUCAUAUUCCACCUACAGCCGCUGCAGUUGCGUUAGGAAAUAUUCCUAGUGCUCUUGGUGUUGUAGAUAUUUUAUCAAGCCUUGUUAAAGUUUUUGAUUUUAAAUAUCCUAUUACUUAUUGGUAUCCUACUAUUGAUCAAACACAUCAAGGCAAGAACCUAAAUGAUCAAACUGAAUUUCUCGAAUUUUUAAACAUAUGGACUAAGAAAGAACCAACAGCUCCACCAAAUUCAUUAUGGUUUGGAGUUCUAGAUCUUGCUCAAUCCUUAAGCCUGGAAUCAUUACAAAAAUCUAAAUGUAUUUAUAUUUGUUUCAAGUCUUUAGAAUUACUUUUGCUACUAUCUCAUCAAAAGCCUGAAUGGUUUAAAGAUAUAGUACAGGAAGAAAUCAAUAAAUAUAGAGAAUCACUGUCAAUAACUUCUCAACAAAAUCUUGAUAACCUUAUUCAUGAUGUUAACUUAAAGAUUCAACUAAACAUCGAAUUCACAAAGCAAUCAAGUUUACAAAGGGCGGAAAUUCAAGUUGACAAAAAAUUUAAUAGUCUGCUAGAGAUAGUCAUAGAUCAACUUACUUGUCCAAUAACCGUGCAAAUAACUGGUGAUUUUUUUAUUUUGACAUGUGGCCAUUCUAUUAGCAAUUAUGCUAUUAAUGAGUGGAAAAAAAGGUCAGAAAUUGAAAAUAAAAUCUUUGAAUGCCCUAUAUGUAAAAGUGAAAUUAAAUUAGAGUCAACAUUCAGUUUUCCAAAAAAUGCAACAUUAAAAGGUCUUUAUGAAAAAUUAGAACAGGCCGGCUAUUUCAAUAAAUUGUCAGAAGAGCAACUAUCAGCAAAUAACCUUCAUAUAGCAGACGAUGAUUUAUUUUUAAAAUUUAAUAAAGUAAAAAUAUUUCGUGAUUCUAUAAUUUCAAGAUUGCCUUCUCCAAUUUUUCAAAAAGUUCGUCCUAAAAUUACUCUACCAGCUUUUAAUAAGGCAGCUAAAGCAGAAUUACAUGAUUAUAUGGGC